AUGCCAUGCGCUAACUAUGUGACCACUCCUCAAGAGUCUCUUAGAAGCUGCGCUUCGUGCCGAAGACGGAAAGUUAAAUGCGACAGGCAGCGACCAAGCGCCAACUGUGCGCGCACAAAGCAUGAGUGUGGCUAUCCACCUGGCCGUGGGAGGGCCCCAAAAUGUACUGUACCCAACAGGACCAGGGCCAGUCAACCUGUGCAGCCUGGAGUGCCGCCAGCAGAAGGGCUCCUGGUCCAAGAUGGUGCCUCUACUCGAUACAUAGAUGAGGUGCUCUUUGCGCACGAUAACGACAUUCAAUCGGCUAUCAGUAGCCCUGGGAGUAUCGAUGCAAGUAGUCAGCAGCCAUUCGAUACAUGCGAAUUCGAUGGCCUUAUCUCAAAUCCCAUGCCGGCCUCGUACUGUCGAAGUCCGUCGCGCAAACAGGCAACGCAGCUGUGGCAGGUCAACCUGAAUAACGCCGACCCCCUUCUGAAACUUCUCCAUAUUCCUAGCGUUAACUCUCUUGUUUUCGCGGCCAUAAAUAAUCCGGAAGAGGUAACCGCAGGCACGAGCGCGCUUCUUUUCGCAAUUGACUUCGCCGCCGUCACCAGUCUACCAUCCCCGGAUACUAUCCUGCUCUUAAAUCAGGACCGGCCGUCCGCGCUCAAUCAAAUUCAGCGAGGACUAGAAAUAUCUCUUCAUGCGGCAGUGUUUCUGGAUUCGCCCACUAUUACCACUUUACAAGCGAUGACGAUCUACCUGGCGACCCUCCCCUUAACAUGCCUAGCUAGAUGUCGUCGAGGUCAUAGUGGUGGCCGUUCGGGUUGGGCUCUCGAUGGCCUCCUCAUCCGCAGCGUCCAGUCGAUUGGGCUUCAUCGAGACCCGGAACAUAUUAAGCUCACGCCGCUGAAAUGUGAGCUUCGCCGACGAAUGUGUCAUGGGCUCUCGACUGGUUGGGUGCUACCCUUGAACGCUGACGACAAAGAUAUUUGCGCGAAAACAGAUGUUGCCCCGAUCCCUGGAGAGGGAUGGACCGAGAUGAAGCUCAACGGAGCAUUCCAGCGAGCCUCUCGACUGUCCGUAGGGGUACUUAACAGCCAGAACCCCAUGGACAGCUUGGAGCAACUGUCAGAGCAUGUACAAGAGAAGAUAGAAGCGAAAUACUUGAGGUAUUGCGAUCCCAACAUUCCGCUGCAGAAGGCUGCCAUCUUGCUGAGCCGAGUUUUCCUUGGAAAACUCAGCUUUAUCAUCCGGCAACAAUACCUGGGAAGACUGCGUGCGGAAAAAUCCACUGCUCGUGCGGUGGAGGAAGCAUUUGCCUUGGCAUAUGACACCUUGUCUCUGAGCAUAGAGUUGAAAGAGGACGAGCUUCUGAGCAGUUACCAGUGGCAUUUCACCACGUAUCCCCAAUAUCACUUGCUUACCUACACACUGUGGCAGCACUACGUCCGCCCGGACGUGCCCAGGGCAGAGCGAGCCUGGGAGCUGGUGAACAAGUCAUUCAGCAUGACCGAACUUGGUUACAGACCUAGUUCCGGGCCAAAAUGGAAUGCUCUGCGCAGGCUGCGAGAGAGGGCAUUGAGUAUGUGCCGCGUUCAUCAAGCCGCACGGAUUCCUGCAGUAGAUGCAGUGAACACGGAAGCCGACAACACGCUGGCUGAGAGGCUAAGUGAUGAGGGGCUCGAUGAGGCAUUUAGGGACGAUAUACUCUGGGAUCUGGAUUCAGUAUGCUUUCCAGAUUGGUCGACCUUCGCUCUAGCAUUGUGACGGGGGAAUAGAAUUGGAUAGAUCAAGUCCAAAGGUUGUAUAUCUCCUUCGACAUACCGACGAUUUAUCCAAGUAAUCGAAUCUCGAAUUUGG